AUGAGUAGUUGUAACAUAAUUUAUGUUUUAAGUUUAUUAGCGUUAAAUCUAAUUGUAAGUGUUGCAAAAAUCAAUGAGCCAAAUUCCAUAAAAUGGAAUCAAAAUGUGACGGAUGAAAUCAAGUUGAAUGAAAAUAUUUUUUCUGAGGGAAAUACUGUAACAGUUGCUACAAAAAGCAGAAUAAUAGGAAGAAAAGGAGCUAUACCAGAUAUGAUUCCUGAAUUGAGUACUUCAAGUAGAGAAAGUCUUACAAACAAUACGACACCUGCAUUGGUGAAUUUCAAUUCGUCAACAACAGUAACUUCUACGGAAAAAAAUGUGAAAAUAUCAUCAACAACAACAACUAAAAAAGUUAAAGUUGUGCCUACAAAAACUACAUCCAAAACUACCACUACUCAAAAACCAACAAAAGCACCAGCGAAGAAACCCUUAAUAACAUUUAGUGCGGACGACAAUUCCCAAAUACUCGAGUCUGAAAAGAAUAUAAAUUACAAUUUAACAAGCACCAAACUUGAUUAUUCAAUUCCAAAAGUUUCACAAGACAUUGAUAGAACAAUUAUUGAUGACGAGAAGAAGACGAGAAAAAGUUAUGCAAUUUUUUUAGGAAUCGCUUUAGCCAUUCCAUUGUUACUUACUUUAAUUCAUGUGAUGUAUAAGAAAAUAAAAAAUUGGAUCGAAAAUCGACAUUAUCAAAGAGUCGACUUUUUAGUUGAUGGAAUGUACAUCAGUUAA